AUGUCAGACAGCGACAGCGACAACCACAGCGAGGCAAACGACCAAUCCUUACAAGUGGACUCAGUCACUGUAACAGCUGAGCGCUUGUUUGGGAAAGAUUGUUAUGCUGAACACUUACGAUCACUGCGGCCAGGUUACUUCAAAUUGAAAGCGUACCGUGAUUCUGGCUGCAUGCUGUCUCUUGCUCUGGCAGGCGAUAGAAGUGCUUUCCAUACCGACGAAACGAUCAUCAACGACUUUCUCUGCAAACUAACUCUAAAGGCGGACAAAACAACCCUCUUUGCCAAUCUACGGGAAGAAACCCCAGGAGAGACACGUCGCCUUGAGCACAAUGUCAUCAAGUGGCUCCUAACGAAUGAGGGUUUCAUUCGCGGUGGGUCGCACUGCAAUUCCAACGGCGACACCGCGUUUCACGCAGCGAUAGGCGCAGGAGUCCCUGAUGACAUGGUUUCGAAGUUCGAGUUCUUCAGUGAAAACCAUGGUGGCCACUUCGGUGGUAAAUUUGUGGCCUUUCUGGCUCUUUCACAGUUACUACAAGACAAGCCGUAUGCGCAGGCCGCCAUCAACAUUCCAAACUCUGAAGGAUUGACUCCAUUGGGAUUUGCGAUCAAGCGGCAUACCACGAGGAUAAAUGGCCUUAAGUUCAUCUCCUUCAGUGAUGGGGUGGAGAAUCCCAUCGACAUUAGCAUAUCAGAUUUCCAAAGUGACUACUCGAAGGCAAUUGGGGUGGUAUUAAAAAGUCCGCAUUUGAGGCUGAACCACAUGUUUGACGUCCCCAUGGAUCCAGGACGAGCUUCAAAGCAGGCCCGUCUUGACGACAGGCUCCUUGUCAAAGCCGCAUUGCACCCCGAGAUUUUAGUCCUGUCCUAUCCCUCCCAUCUCGAAACCAUCUUGAGCGGUGACUUUGGUGGUGUUUCCGAGGAACAGAAGGCAACCACACUUGUUGUUUGCAUUGACGAGGAAUGGUUUUAUGGCUCCCUUGGCCAGUCUCGCGGUACACGUUCCUGCAAAUGGUAUUUCAACCCGGCAUUAGCGUCAAAAUUUGGAGGAGGCAUACUCCGCAAAUUCUUCCGCAGGAACGCUGCUGCAUGCUUGUUGGAGAUUAGAACUCUUCGAACGAAGCUGGUACAGAAGGCAAGAGAUCUACCACGAAAGACAGAAAGCAUGGCUGAUCUGAAGGGUGAAAGUAACAAUGAGAAACGGCGACAAUUCAUUCUUGAUGAAGGAAGGCGAAUCAAUGAGAUUUUGAUGGUGCUCAACUCUGAAAUGCCGGACUUUUUCUUGGGCGGGAUCUACAGGUGCCUGGCACGCAAGCAUCAGAUCAGCCAAGACAAUUGGAAUAAGAUUCUGGAGUUUUCUGGGUGGAAUCAAGAGCUCAUUGAUAUUGAAAAUGUUCCGGGAAUUCCUUUGCCAGCUGAUGACUCUGAUUCAGAUACGGAUGAGCAUGACUAG